AUGAUUUAUCAAGGUUGCAGUGCAUAUCUUGCUCACAUAAUUGAUACACGUGUGGAGAGUCCUAGUCUUAAAGAUAUACCUACUGUGUGUGACUUUCUGAAAGUGUUUCCAGAAAAUCUUCCUGGGUUACCACCAGAAAGAGAAGUAGAAUUUCCGAUCGAGCUUAUUCCUGGAUCUACUCCUAUUUCUAUCACUCCUUAUCGAAUGGCACCAGCAGAAUUAAGGGAAUUGAAAACUCAAUUGCAAGAACUUCUUGAGAAAGGUUUAAUUCGUCCAAGUAUUUCUCCUUGGGGAGCCCCUGUGUUAUUUGUGAAGACGAAAGAUGCCGAAGGUGUGAAGGUGGAUCCUAGUAAAAUUGAAGCAGUUGUUGAAUGGAAAACUCCUAAAAGUCCUACUGAGGUAAGAAGUUUCUUGAGUUUAGCAGGAUACUAUAGAAGGUUUGUGAAAGGCUUCUCCAUUAUAGCCUCUCCUUUGACUAGACUUUUGAAGAAGGAAGUGAAGUUUACUUGGGAUGACAAGUGCCAAAAGAGCUUUGAAACACUCAAAUCCUUGUUGACACAAGUGCCUAUACUUACUUUACCAAUGGAGGAGAAAGAGUACGUGAUAUAUAGUGAUGCUUCUCACCGUGGUUUGGGAUGUGUGUUGAUGCAAGAAGGGAAAGUUAUUUCUUAUGCCUCUCAGAAAUUAAAACCACAUGAAUUGAAUUAUCCUACUCCUGAUCUAGAACUUGCUGGUAAAGCUAAUGUGGUUGUAGAUGCCUUAAGUCGCAAAUCCUUUGCAAGCUUGCAUCUAAAUCCUUUGCCUUUGCUUUUGGAGUUAAGAGCCAUGAAUGUGAAAAAAGGGCAAAAGUUAGAUGAGAAACUCAAAAAAUUAACCAAAGAAGUUAAAAAGGGGGAAAAGAAAGAUUUUACAUUAAAGGAGGAUGGUGUCUUGUUAUACCAAAAUAGGUUAUGCAUUCCUAAUGAUGGCAAAUUGAGGAGAGAAAUCUUGAAUGAAGCACAUACUUCACCAUAUGCAAUGCAUCCGGGAGGUACCAAAAUGUAUCAAACCAUCAAAGAACAUUACUGGUGGAAUGGUAUGAAGAAGGACAUUGCAGAAUAUAUUUCUAAAUGCUUAGCUUGUCAACAGAUAAAGGCCGAGCAUCAAGUUCCAACAGGGUUACUAUAA